AUGAAACUCUCCAUGGGCAGCAGAACCAGCACGCUGGGGCUGCGUGGUAACUCGCUGCGAGUGGCCAUCACCAUCACCGCUGUGACCGGUUUCUCGCUCUUUGGCUACGACCAAGGGCUGAUGUCCGGCCUCAUCACCGGAAAACAAUUCAACAGCGAGUUCCCCGCUACCUACAGGGUCGACGCCGACGACCGGAAAGCCACCCUGGUGCAGGGCGCUGUCACCGCGUGCUACGAGAUCGGCUGUUUCUUCGGCUCGCUGUUCGUCAUGUUCAGCGGCGAGCGUUUGGGCCGUAAGCCCAUGGUCAUCAUGGGCGCCAUCGCCACCAUCGUGGGCACCGUCAUCUCCACGUCCGCUUUCGGCCCCCACUGGGGGCUCGGCCAGUUUGUCGUGGGCCGUGUCAUCACCGGCGUGGGUACCGGUCUCAACACCUCCACCAUCCCCGUGUGGCAAUCCGAAAUGUCCAAGCCCGAAAACCGUGGUCUUCUCGUCAAUCUCGAAGGUUCCGUCAUCGCUGUCGGCACCAUGAUCGCUUACUGGAUCGAUUUCGGUCUUUCCUACGUCGAUUCCUCCGUACAAUGGCGUUUCCCCGUUGCCAUGCAGAUUUUCUUCGCAAUCAUGCUGCUGAUCGGCAUUUGGGAGCUACCGGAUUCUCCACGUUGGCUCAUGUCUCGGGGUCGCAACCAAGAGGCUAUCCAUAUCUUGGCUGCGCUCGACGAUCUACCAAUUGACGAUGACGCCAUUGUUGCCGAGGCCACCGCUAUCCAAGAUACCGUCAACCGUUUCCGUCACGAAAAACGUUCCAUCAAAGAUCUGUUCACCGGUGGUAACUCCCAAAACCUUCAACGUGCCCUCAUCGCCUCUUCCACCCAGUUUUUCCAGCAAUUUACCGGUUGUAACGCUGCUAUUUACUACAGUACCGUGUUGUUUGAAGAUUCCAUUCAUCUAACUGGCAAAUUACCACUCAUCUUGGGUGGUGUUUUCGCAACCAUUUACGCUCUAUCCACUAUUCCUUCAUUUUUCCUAGUUGAAUCUUUGGGCAGACGUAAGUUGUUUUUAUUGGGUGUUACAGGUCAAGCCCUUUCCUUCACUAUUACAUUUGCGUGUCUGAUUGAUGGUAAGACCCAAACCGCAAAAGGUGCUGCAGUCGGUUUAUUCUUGUUCAUUAUUUUCUUUGGUAUGUCCAUGCUGUCACUUCCUUGGAUCUACCCACCCGAGAUCGCCUCCAUGCGUGUUCGUUCCGCUACAAAUGCUUUGUCCACUUGUACCAAUUGGCUCUGUAACUUCGCAGUUGUUAUGUUUACUCCAGUUUUCGUGCACGACGCCAGAUGGGGCUGUUACCUAUUUUUCGCCGCCAUCAACUACUUGUACAUCCCAGUUAUCUUCUUUUUCUACCCAGAAACCGCUGGUAGAUCUUUGGAGGAAAUCGACAUCAUUUUCGCCAAAGCCCACAUCGACGGUACCCAAGCCUGGAGAGUCGCCGCUAACUUGCCAAAACUUUCCUUGGCCGAAGUCGACGAUCAAGCCAACGCCUUGGGUCUGUACGAUGACGAUUUGGAAAAACAAGAUCUCGACGUUGAUGGAGCUGCUGACAAUGAAAAUGAAUUGACCAACCGUCACACUAAUGGUGGUGCUGCUGGUUACACUUUGUUCGAAAAGAAGGACCAAGAAGAUAACGCCGCCGCUGGUGCUAAUGGGGCCUCCCCCCAGCCGCCAGUUGACGGCUCUUCCUCUUCUCAAAAGUCCGAGUGA